AUUAUUAUUAUUAUUAUUAUUAUGGAUCAAACAAGUAAAAAAAGAAGAAUAUGUCUUCCAGUAGAUGGAAGUGAUCAUUCUAAACGUGCAAUUGAAUGGUUUGUUAAAGAAGUUUAUCGACCUGGUGAUGAAGUACUAUUUGUACAUUGUUUAGAAUUACCAUAUUUACCAACAAUUAGUUUAACAUCUGGUUUAAAAGUACCUAUUGAUGAUUGGACUAAAGCACUACAAGAAAAUAUCGCUCAAACAACUAAAUUGAAUAACGAGUAUGGUUAUAUAUGUGAAUGCAGUAAGAUACCAUACGAUUUUAUAAUAAAAAAUGGAAUAGCUCCAGGUGUUGGAAUAGUUCAAACUGUAGAAGAUCAUCAUGUUGACUUAAUUGUUAUGGGUAAUCGUGGACUAAGUAGACUCAAACGUACACUACUUGGUAGUGUAAGUAGUUAUGUAGUACACAAUGCGUAUGUACCAUGUAUCAUAGUGCCACCAGUUUGAAGAAAAGAACAAUCAAUAUUUAUACAUAUAUGAAAUAUCUAUGAAGCUUUUUUUGAAAUCAUAUUUUUUAUACACACUGGAUUACUCUUCUUUCUUGACAUUUAUUCAUUGUGUAAUACGUUAUUAGUGUCAUUUUAGAAAAG